AUGUUUGCCAACGCGCUCAAGUCGAUCUCGUCGACAAACAUCUCAUCCAACUACGCCAUCUCGCCCAACCUCACGUCGACCGCCGGACCAUGGAAGAUCUACCCGGCCAAGAACAAGAAGACGGGCAAGGAGUGCUCCGUCUUCGUCUUCGACAAGAAGUCGCUCGAUGUCCACCGCAGUGGCAUGAAUCGCGCCGAGGUCGCCGAGUUCAAGAAGGCCGUCGAAGCCGUCGUCGAACGCUUGAAGAAGGAGGCUUCGGCCAUCGCUAAGCUGCGGCACCCGGGCAUCCUGGAGGUGGUCGAGCCGGUUGAGGAGACUCGGGGCGGGGGCCUGCAAUUUGUCGCCGAGGCCGUGACGGCCUCUCUCUCGGGGCUCCUACAAGAGAAGGACGAUCAGGAGAGGCGUGGGGCAGGGGCCAGGGCGAGCCGAUACGUGACUGAGGACGCCGACGGAAACCGCAGGCGACGGGAGAUCGAGAUCGACGAGCUCGAGAUACAAAAGGGUUUGCUUCAAGUGAGCAAGGCGCUCGAGUUUCUGCACGAGAAUGCCGGCAUCGUGCACGGCAACCUCACCCCCGAUGCCAUCCUGAUCAACGCAAAGUCGGACUGGAAGCUCAGCGGCCUGGCAUUCUGCGGCCCGGUAGACAACUCGACCUCCCACAGCUCCAUUCAGCCCAUCAAUCUCCGGGAGCUUCUGAGACACACUCCGACCCUGCCGCGCACCGUCCAGCUGAAUCUCGACUACACAUCUCCCGACUUUGUCAUGGACAACAACCUGACGGCGCCCGCCGAUAUGUUCAGCUUGGGGCUGCUGAUCAUCUCGCUCUACAACUCCCCUCACAAAUCGCCCCUGUCGUGCAACGGCAGCCUGUCCGCGUAUCAGCGCCUCUUCCAGUCGUCGCAGACCACCCCCAGCUCGAGCAACAACUUCCUCUCUUCCCGCCCGCUGCCAAAGGAACUCACAAACCAUGUGCUCCCCAGGCUCAUCACCCGACGGCCCGCUCAGCGGAUGACGGCCAGCGAGUUUCAGCAAAGCGAAUUCUUCAACAACAUCCUCGUGUCCACCAUCCGUUUUCUCGAUACAUUCCCUGCCAAGACACCAAACGAAAAGUCGCAGUUCCUCAGAGGCCUGAUCAAGGUCCUGCCUUCGUUCCCAAAGUCCGUCAUGGAAAAGAAAUUGCUGCCCGCUCUUCUUGACGAGUUGAAGGACAAGGAGCUCGUCUCACUGAUCCUGCACAAUGUCUUCAAGAUCAUCGAGCUCCUGCCGUCCGGGAGAAGGGCGUUUAAUGACAGAGUACGACCGAGGCUGAAGGAGAUCUUUGUCACCAACACCAAACAGACCCAGGAGAAGGACCCUGUUCGAGACGCUGGCUUGAUGGUGGUGAUAGAGCAACUCGCCAUCAUCGGCGAAAACUGCGGGGGCAAAGAGUUCAAGGAUGAUAUCCUACCCAUCAUUUUUAGCGCCCUGGAAUCGUCCACCCCCUCACUGGUCGACGCAGCCCUGAGAAGCCUCCCAUCAGUGCUGCCUCAGCUGGACUUUAGCACCAUCAAAAACGAGCUAUUCCCCGUCAUCGCAACCAUCUUCAGCAGAACAAACAGUCUCGCCAUCAAGGUCAGGGGUCUGCAGGCCUUUGUCACCCUUUGCGGAGGCUCCAACGACCCGGAUGGUGACGACGGGUUAGACGGCCUCGGCCCGCAGAAGAAGAAAGCAACUUCCUCUACCGCGUUGGACAAGUUCACAAUGCAAGAGAAGAUUGUGCCUCUGAUUAAAGCGAUCAAGACCAAAGAGCCUGCCGUCAUGAUGGCAGCCCUUAAGGUCCUCCAGGUCGUUGGCAGAGUGGCUGACGCCGACUUUGUCGCCCUGGACAUACUGCCCGUCUUGUGGAGCAUGAGUCUAGGACCGCUUCUGGACUUGAAGCAAUUUCAAGCCUUCAUGGAACUCAUCAAGAGUCUAUCGAGCAGAGUGGAGGAGGAGCAGACGAGGAAGCUGCAAGAGCUGGCGGGCGGCAAUGCCAACGGCUCGGCUCUCAAGGACGAUUUCAUGUCUUUUGGCCCCGUUGCCGGCUCAUCGUUCGAUGGAAACGGGCCGACCGAGGCAGACUUCGAGUCUCUUGUCAAAGGGGGGACGGGCGGGGUUUCUGCGAAUCCCUUGGACUCCGGGUGGGAGAGCAUGGGGUCAAGCGCAGCCGUCACCUCUCCAACGGGCAGCAGUAGGAAAUCGACGCCGACGGUCGCCUUCUCUUGGUCAACCCCCCCUGCAACUUCCCCUGGCGCUUCAGCCGACAAGCUAGGUGCUGGAAAAGCUCAGCAGGCCGGCUUCAGGUCGGUCACACCCGAUCUGUCAAGCUUCCAACCUAUGGCUCCCAUGACCACGCAGUUCUCGCAACCUCUCCAGCCCACCCCAAAGACGAGCACGCUAUCACCAGCGUCACCCACUCCUCAAACAACAUCCAUCAACUGGGGUGCCGCCACCAGCACAACAACAGCCGCAUCGAGCAGCAGCAACACCAACACCAACAGUCUAUGGUCCUCCCCGCCUGCUACCCAACAACAACAACAACAACAACAACCACCCACAUCCGCCUUUGCCUCGCUGUCCCUGGGUCAGCAGCAGCAACAGCAACAACAGAACCAAAACCGCGCCUCCUCCUUCUCUCUUCCGCCUCCGCCGAGCGCUGGCAACUCCGGCGCGACAUCCAGCCUCUCCAGCUUCAGCCUUGCACCGCCACCCGGCGCAUCAAAGCCGGCGUUUAGCGGGCUGGGAGGAAUAAACAGCCUGAACAGCCUAAACAGCCUUGGAUCAUUGAGUGCCACGGCGAACAAGACGGCUUCCUCCGGUUCAAGCAUGGGCUCGGGCAUGGGCAUGGGCAUGGGCAUGGGCACCAUGAAUGCGGCUCUGCAAGCCACCACCACGGGUAACAGCACGAGCAUGAACAGCAUGAUGGGCAUGGGCAUGGGCAUGAGCGGGUUGGCACAGCAGCAGCAGCAGCAGCAGCAGAGUCAGUGGCAAGGACAAGGACAAGGACAGGGACAAAGCCAAAAGACGGGAUUGGAUAAAUACGAAAGUCUGUUGUAGGGAGAGAGAGAAUAAGGACAAGAGGAAAGAAACUGAGGCGUGAUUGUUGGUUGCUCGCCCGCG